AUGGCAUUACGAAAGGCAGGAUUUGGCUACAAUUUGAGGACUAUUGCGGAGAGCUACAGAGCUGUAACUCCAUUUUGUUUGUUCAGAGGUUUCUCCAUUCAGCAGCAAUGUCAGUCUAGAUCAGUCCACCAAACAUCUAAAAAUGAACACACCCCGCUUUUGAGUACUGAUAAGCUUUCAACUUUCAAUGUGAUGAGCUUGAAGGCGCUGAAGACUGAGUGCAGAUCCCGAGGGUUGAAGGUUUCAGGGCGAAAGUUAGAACUCGUAGAUAGAAUUCUCGCGUUUGAAAACAUGCGCCCUAGUUCUGGAAGUAUUAGCAACGAGGCUGCACGUCUCAUCCACACAACUCGCCCUAAACUCUCAAGAAGUGACCGAAAACCAGUGGAUGCUGUGAAAAUACCCAACAUUGCAGCGACAGAGGCGGCCUUAGAUCAGCCAGAGAAGGACUAUAUAGUCAAAAUUCCACCUUUGAGUAAGAGCGCCGCUCAAAAGCCUGUCACGAAACUUGAGAAAGAGCUUGAUUCACGCUCUGGCCAAACAAAUCAACCACCUACGGUCUCGACGCCCGACCACGAAAAGGUGAUUUUCCAAGCCGAAGCACCUGAAGAGCACUUCGAGAUUGUCAACGAAGAGGAAGAGAGGACCACCGAAAACAAGGUCUCGCUACACCACAAUUCAGAAUCUUCGCAAGAAAACCUAAACAAGAGAGACAAAACCUUCAUACUCGGUUUUGUAGCAAUCGUUACGGGAUGGUGGACACUCAAAUAUGUGGGAAAAACGGAACAUGGUAAGCAAUGA